AUGUCCAAAAAACGGUCCAAAAGCACCGAGACCCGGAGCCUGAGAGCCGUAAUCGACCAGCGGCUGGCGGCGGCCGCGGACCACAUCUUCUGGCUGCUGAAGGAGCGCGGACAGGCGGAGCUAGAGCAGCUGAGGGAGCUGGUCACGGAGCGGAUCUCCGCGGCCGUGGAGGAGAUCUUCACCGCGUUCAGAGCCACCAGGACGAUCGACAGAGAACCAGAGGGGCCCGGGGACAGUCCGAGACCAGAACCCGGAGCAGACAGGACAGAGUUGUGCCUGUCGGUCGGUGUCCGAAGUCUCACUGAUGGAAAACACCUGAAGCCGGACACCCGACUGAAGGAGCCUCUACCUGGUACGUCCUCCAGACCAGAGACCAUCUCUGAACCAGACCACCAACCAGCCUCUCCAGAUGAUCCUGAUGGUGAGGAGGAAGAAGACGACGAAGAGGCGACAACUCACUGCUGCAGAGUGUGUGGGAAAUCCUUCGACAGGAAAGGCUUUUUGAUGAAACAUGUAGAGAAACACUCAAAGGAGGCAGAGUGUCUGUGCGGUCUGUGCGGUGAAUAUUUGGAGUCCAGUGAUGGUCUGAAGCUUCACCUUCAAACUCACCGCGACAGCAGCAGGACCUGCGACGUCUGCGGCAAGAAGUUCCCCUCAAUCCGAGCUCAGGAGACGCACCUGAGGCUGCACACUGGAGAGAAACCCUUCAACUGCCAUGUCUGUGGAAAAGGCUUCAACCAGAAGGGCAACAUGGUGACGCACAUGAGGAUCCACACGGCAGAGAAGCCGUUCAGGUGCACCGUCUGCCGGAAAGACUUCAGCCACGCUGGCUCUCUGGAGCGACACAUGAAGGCCCACGAUGGACAGAUGCCGUUCAGCUGCAAAGUCUGCAGGAAAGGUUUUGCAAAGAGCACCGAGCUGAGGCGACACAUUCGGAGCCACGAGUCCACUGACCAGCCUGCCGUCAGGAGCAGACGCAGGAAACCGAGUCUGACUCCCUCCCACUGCUGCAAGGUAUGUGGGAACGCCUUUCACAAUAAAGGGAACUUUGUGCGGCACGCUGAGACUCAUUUAAACGAUCCUGAAUAUUGCUGUGGCGUCUGUGGAGAGCAGUCAGAGUCCUCAGAGAGUCUGCAGAUCCACAUCCAGAGCCACCGAGAAACCAGCAGGAUCUGCGACAUCUGCGGCAUCAGCUUCAGGGACAUGGAGAUCCACAUGAGGACACACACUGGCCAGAAACCCUUCAGGUGCAAAGACUGCGGUAAGGACUUCCCGAGAAAAGGGUCUCUGGAGCGACACAUGAAGCUGCAUGCCGGCGAGAGGCCGUACAUCUGCGAGUUCUGCGGGAAGACUUUCAUUGAAAAUACCGUCCUGAAGAGACACAUCAAGAGCCACACAGGUGGGAAGCCGAGGAUUUACUCCUGCGAUGUCUGUGGCAAAAAGUUCACCAUGAGCCAGCAUCUGGAUGUGCACAAAAGGAUCCACACUGGGGAGAAACCGUACACCUGCAGGGUCUGCGGGAAGAACUUCCGCCAGAUCGGCAACCUGGACUCCCACAUGAGGAUCCACACGGGUGAGAAGCCGUUCAUCUGCAGCCUCUGUGGGAAGAGGUUUCGCCAGAAGAUCUCACUGGAGACACAUGAGAGGUUCCACAAGAAGGAGAAACCAUUCAGCUGCCAGCUCUGCAACAAAGGCUUUGUCCAGAAGAUCGACCUGAAGAGACACAUGCUGACUCACACCGGGGAGAAACCCUACAGCUGCCGGGUCUGCGGGAAGAGCUACCAGGAGAAGCGCUCGGUGGACUCGCACAUGAAGGUCCACACGGGAGAACGAGCCGCCAAAGACUCAGCUGUGACACCGAACAUGAAACGACAGGAAGGAGUUCACACUGACUUCAUCCAGCUGUGAUGAACUGCGGCAGGUGGACUCACCUACAGUCACGGAAUCACUCUUUCUAAUGUUUUAUCCAUGAAGCCCCUUUUCUACUUUUCUCCUAAGUAGUCUCAAACGUUGAUUUCAGCUGGAGGAACUUUUCCUGGAGCCUUGGAAUUUUUUUUAGGAACUUUGGUACCUGACCCGCAGUUCCACCGCAAGAACCAGGGAACAGAAUUGGUUCCUGGUCUCCACCAACUGGUGUCAGGGUGGAGCUGCUCUGGAGGGUGAUGGACUAACUUACAGGAUUUUCCUACUUCUUAAGAUGCAGCAGAAGCACAAAGAAAAACACGCAAAGUUUCCAGUUUAGUUCCUGUGGCUCCUCAUGUCUCAUUUCCACUGAAAGAACAAAACAUGAUGUAACACGGAGCCAGUCUACUGCUCUCUACUCAAACAUGAAUCUGUAUUUAUUUGUUGAAUCAAUGCUGUUUUUUCAGACUGAGAAGACUUUUAAAUUCAUGUUCAUCAGCUUCAUUCAGACAUGAUUUCUAGAAGGAGACACAAAGCGAAGGUGAUAUUUAUCACUGCUGGAAACCACAGAGAGGUCAAAAGUUUAAUGUUAAAUGACCAGAACAUUUAUGUAAUGUGGUGCAUAGUGUCAUUCCUGAAAAUACAUGGAGUCACUUCUGCAUAAAAAACCACAACAAUCUGACCGUCAACCUGAAACUUUUCAUCCAGUGUGAACUGAGAUCAGAUUAACACACAGCGUGCAGCUGACUGAACACAUCACUGUAAUGUAGUUAUUAUCUCAAUCAUCCUGAUGCACUAACAUUUUAAUAUUGUUUAAUAAACGAUGAAACUCAAAGGUUAAACAAUCCCCAGACAGUAAAAAUGUAAGAAUCUGAUGCCAACUGUGGAUGAAAAAAUAUACAGUAAAAUUCCUGAUGUACAACAUGUGAGCUAAUACAAAUGAAACUUAAUUUCCUGUCAUCAGAAUCAAAAACCUUUAUUGUGUGU